GGCGUGGAUGUGGAAUCGGAGGACCUGGCGGCCAAUGCAACGACCCAAAGCGGUCUGGUUGUAUACUUUGACAUGGACGAGACUUUGGUCUACCUCGGUAGGUAACCGCACCCAUUCGGCAGGUGGUGAUGCAUGUGUGCGUGUGUGUGUCAUGCCUUGUGUGUGUGGGUAGAGAGGAAGAGGGAGGGCAUCGUUGACGAACGCCUGCACACUUUUGACCACAUAUAUAGUAGUCGCAGUCUCGUAGACGAGGAGGAUAUCACCGGCCCCGCGGCCCGGGUAGGUCAGACAACAGUUAUCAUAACACGCAGACAGGAACACCUCAUUGUUGCAGGUCGGCGUGCGCAAGGAUGUGAUACCCUUCUUGAUGCGUCUCAAGCACAUGGGCGUCCGAAUGAUGAUCUGGACGGCAGGUACUUUUCAUUUGUGUGGAUCUGAUCCGUCUCCUUGUGGCCGUGUUUCUCACCUUUGCAGGAACGAUGGAUGUGAGCGGAGCCUUCAAUCUGCAUCGAUCAUGACACAUGCAUGUCAGACUCUCCCUGUCUCGUGUCUCAGUAUGCGGACUACAUCCUUGACGCACUAGAGUGGAUGGCUGGUGGUCACACAGUCUGGUGAAAAGCACUUCGAGCACCGGUGACCAAACCCGCCCAUCAGCGGCGAAGGCAUUCCGGUGUGUGCGUGUGUUGACAGUUACUACCGUGACACAGUGGCGACCAUGCCAAGCAAGACCAAGGACCUCGUCGUUGCCACAGGGGGAGACAUCUCGCAUGCUGUCUUGGUCGACAACAAGUACAGUACACAGACAGAGACACAGACAGACAUUCAUGUGUAUGGCGCGUGGAUCUCGAUUCCCGAUCCGCCGUGCUGUGCAGCAAGCAAUCCGGCCUGUGUCAUCAAGAGAACUUCAUUUGGGUGCCAGAUUUCGUCGGACAAGUGGAUGACCUCUUCAACAUUGAGGUAAACAUAGGGGGCGGACGCAUGGCGCACGCAUCCAUGGUGUGAUGGCUUGACUUCUUUUGUCUGCCCACGUGCGGUGCGCAGACCGGCCCCCUUUUCAAACACCUCAUCUUCGAACUCCACAACCGCCUGCUGAACAGUGAGCACACACGAAAACACGCCAGCCGUCCGUCUGUCUGUUUGUGUUUGUGUCUCAUCGGUGCAGACCAGCCCCCCGACGUUCGUUGUCCUGGAGCCAAAAAGUUCAUUCAGUUGUGGCAGAGGCACGCCCACUACCACCCGCGUCCGCCCCCAGCUACCUGCCUUCGAGCCGCCGACCCGCAGUGCGGUGAAGAACCAAUGGCAUCCUGACCGAGAGACAAGCGCACCCGACUCAAAGCCAGUUUGUUGACGAGAAGAGGAGGCCAUUGCACGACGAGAGAGGUCGUGCAAAGAAGGCGGUUCCUUUUCUUUUGCCAUGGCCGAGACCGAUCAGUCAGUCAUCCGUACGUUGAUUGAUUCGAGGGAGAGACAUCAAACUGUG